UAUAUAUAACGAAACAACUCAUAUCAAAUAUAUUUUAAUCAUUUGACUAAACAAUAAUUUUUGUUUCAUUUAAACCAAUAUGAUGUACACAUCUCUUUUAAAUAUAUUAAUGUUGCUUUUGAAUACAGAAGCAAAAAUUCCAGAUAAAAAAGAAAUUAAAAGUAUUCUAAAUACUCACAAUAAAUACAGAGCGUAUGUAAACCCAGCAUCUAGCGCAAUGUUUAAAUUGAGAUGGAGUAGUGAGGGAGCUAUAAAAGCUCAAGCAAUGACCAAGCGAUGCAUAUUCAAUCAUAGCUCAUUGGAUAGAGAUAGAGCUAUAUCUAAAUAUAGUGAGGGAGGCCAAAAUUUGUUUCUCUCAAGGGGUACAUUUGUCUGGAACUGGAAUGACAUCAUUAAAUCAUGGCAUGAUGAAGUAAGUGAUUUUACUUUUGGGGUGCAUAGGAACACCACUACUGGUCAUUAUACACAAGUGGUUUGGGGCACAACGCAAGAAGUCGGAUGCGCAAUGACCCAAUGUAACGCGGAUAAAAUAUAUGCGUGCAAUUAUUAUCCCAGUGGUAAUAUUAAGCCGACUUAUUUGCCUUAUAUAAAAUCAAAUGUUCAAUCAUGCAAGGGUUGCAUAAAGGGACGAGAAUGUUCAAAAGAUGUUUAUGCUGGAAAAUUGCUUGAGAAAUGCGCAUUAUUCGGUAAAAGAGUGCAACAAUUUAGCAACGCGAAUAGAUAAAUAUGCCAAAUCUUCUAAAAGCUUUAUUCCAAGUCCAAUGAAAAUUAAUUCUUUAAUGAUAACAAUCUUAAAAAUAUUAUUUAUAUUUCAUUGUUAAUAUUGUAAGACGGGCACACUAUAUUAUAAAUAAAGAUUAAA